AUGGCAGGGCGGCUGCUCGCACCACCAGGCCCUGAUAGUUUCAAGCCUUUCACCCCUGAGUCGCUGGCAAACAUCGAGAGGCGCAUUGCCGAGAGCAAGCUUAAGAAACCACCCAAGGGAGACGGCAGUCACCGGGACGACGAUGAGGACAGCAAGCCCAAGCCGAACAGUGACCUGGAAGCCGGGAAGAGCCUGCCUUUCAUCUAUGGGGACAUCCCGCAAGGCCUGGUCGCUGUUCCCCUGGAGGACUUUGACCCAUACUAUUUGACGCAGAAAACCUUUGUAGUAUUAAACAGAGGGAAAACUCUCUUCAGAUUUAGUGCCACGCCUGCCUUGUAUAUUUUAAGUCCUUUUAACCUGAUAAGAAGAAUAGCUAUUAAAAUUUUGAUACAUUCAGUAUUCAGCAUGAUCAUCAUGUGCACUAUUUUGACCAACUGUGUAUUCAUGACUUUCAGUAACCCUCCCGACUGGUCGAAGAAUGUGGAGUACACGUUCACAGGGAUUUAUACAUUUGAAUCACUAGUUAAAAUCAUCGCAAGAGGUUUCUGCAUAGAUGGCUUUACCUUUUUACGGGAUCCAUGGAACUGGUUAGAUUUCAGUGUCAUCAUGAUGGCAUAUGUGACAGAGUUUGUGGACCUGGGCAAUGUCUCAGCGCUGAGAACGUUCAGGGUUCUCCGAGCUUUGAAAACUAUCUCUGUAAUUCCAGGCCUGAAGACCAUUGUGGGUGCCCUGAUUCAGUCCGUGAAGAAGCUGUCGGACGUGAUGAUCCUGACCGUGUUCUGCCUGAGCGUUUUUGCCCUGAUCGGGCUGCAGCUGUUCAUGGGGAACCUGCGGAACAAGUGUGUCGUGUGGCCCAUCAACUUCAACGAGAGCUAUCUUGAGAACGGCACCAAAGGCUUCGACUGGGACGAGUAUAUCAACAAUAUAACAAAUUUUUACACAGUUCCUGGAAUGCUAGAACCUCUACUCUGUGGGAACAGUUCUGAUGCUGGGCAAUGCCCAGAGGGAUACCAGUGUAUGAAAGCAGGAAGGAAUCCCAACUAUGGUUACACAAGCUUUGACACUUUCAGCUGGGCCUUCUUGGCAUUAUUUCGCCUUAUGACCCAGGACUAUUGGGAAAACUUAUAUCAAUUGACUUUACGAGCAGCUGGAAAAACGUACAUGAUCUUCUUCGUCUUGGUCAUCUUUGUGGGUUCUUUCUAUUUGGUGAACUUGAUCUUGGCUGUGGUCGCCAUGGCUUAUGAAGAGCAGAAUCAGGCAACACUGGAGGAGGCAGAGCAGAAAGAGGCUGAAUUCAAAGCAAUGUUGGAGCAACUGAAGAAGCAACAGGAAGAGGCACAGGCUGCUGCGAUGGCCACUUCAGCAGGAACUGUCUCAGAAGAUGCCAUCGAGGAAGAAGGGGAAGAGGGGGAAGGCUCACCGAGGAGCUCCUCUGAACUCUCGAAGCUCAGUUCCAAGAGUGCUAAGGAAAGACGGAACAGGAGGAAGAAGAGGAAGCAAAAGGAACUCUCUGAAGGAGAGGAGAAAGGGGAUCCUGAGAAGGUGUUUAAGUCUGAGUCAGAAGAUGGUAUGAGGAGGAAGGGCUUUCGGCUGCCAGACAACAGGAUCGGGAGGAAGUUUUCCAUCAUGAACCAGUCACUGCUCAGCAUCCCGGGCUCCCCGUUCCUCUCCCGCCACAACAGCAAGAGCAGCAUCUUCAGCUUCAGGGGCCCCGGGCGGUUCCGGGACCCGGGCUCGGAGAACGAGUUCGCGGACGACGAGCACAGCACCGUGGAGGAGAGCGAGGGCCGCCGCGACUCGCUCUUCAUCCCGGUCCGCGCCCGCGAGCGCCGCAGCAGCUACAGCGGCUACAGCGGCUACAGCCAGGGCAGCCGCUCCUCGCGCAUCUUCCCCAGCCUGCGGCGCAGCGUGAAGCGCAACAGCACCGUGGACUGCAACGGCGUGGUGUCCCUCAUCGGCCCCGGCUCCCACAUCGGCGGGCGUCUCCUGCCAGAGGGUACAACUGAAGUGGAAAUUAAGAAGAAAGGUCCUGGAUCACUCUUAGUUUCCAUGGAGCAGCUGGCCUCCUAUGGGCGGAAGGACAGGAUAAACAGUAUACUGAGUGUUGUUACAAAUACACUAGUAGAAGAGCUGGAAGAGUCCCAGAGGAAGUGCCCGCCGUGCUGGUAUAAAUUCGCCAAUACUUUCCUCAUCUGGGAGUGUCACCCCUACUGGAUAAAACUGAAAGAGAUUGUGAACUUGAUCGUUAUGGACCCCUUUGUGGACUUGGCCAUCACCAUCUGCAUCGUCCUGAAUACACUGUUCAUGGCGAUGGAGCACCAUCCUAUGACGCCACAAUUCGAACACGUCUUGUCUGUGGGAAAUCUGGUUUUCACUGGAAUUUUCACAGCGGAAAUGUUUCUGAAGCUCAUAGCCAUGGAUCCCUACUAUUAUUUCCAAGAAGGUUGGAACAUUUUUGACGGAUUUAUUGUCUCCCUCAGUUUAAUGGAACUGAGUCUAGCAGAUGUGGAGGGGCUUUCGGUGCUGCGAUCUUUCCGAUUGCUCCGAGUCUUCAAAUUGGCCAAAUCCUGGCCCACCCUGAACAUGCUGAUUAAGAUUAUUGGAAAUUCAGUUGGUGCCCUGGGCAACCUGACGCUGGUGCUGGCCAUUAUUGUCUUCAUCUUUGCUGUGGUGGGGAUGCAGCUCUUCGGAAAGAGCUACAAAGAGUGUGUCUGCAAGAUCAACCAGGACUGUGAACUCCCUCGGUGGCACAUGCAUGACUUUUUUCAUUCCUUCCUCAUUGUCUUUCGAGUGUUGUGCGGGGAGUGGAUCGAGACCAUGUGGGACUGCAUGGAGGUGGCAGGCCAGGCCAUGUGCCUCAUUGUCUUCAUGAUGGUCAUGGUUAUUGGCAACUUGGUGGUGCUGAACCUGUUUCUGGCCUUGCUCCUGAGCUCCUUCAGUGCAGACAAUCUGGCAGCCACGGAUGAUGAUGGGGAAAUGAACAACCUACAGAUCUCAGUCAUCCGUAUCAAGAAGGGUGUGGCUUGGACCAAAGUGAAAGUGCAUGCCUUCAUGCAGGCCCACUUCAAGCAGCGUGAGGCCGAUGAAGUGAAACCUCUGGACGAGUACGAUAAGAAGGCCAACUGCAUCGCCAACCACACUGGUGCAGACAUCCACCGGAAUGGUGACUUCCAGAAGAAUGGCAAUGGCACCACCAGUGGCAUUGGCAGCAGCGUGGAGAAGUACAUUAUUGAUGAGGACCACAUGUCCUUCAUCAACAACCCUAACUUAACUGUGCGGGUGCCCAUUGCUGUAGGCGAGUCCGAUUUUGAGAACGUCAACACAGAGGACGUUAGCAGCGAAUCAGAUCCUGAAGGCAGCAAAGAUAAACUGGAUGAUACUAGCUCCUCUGAAGGAAGUACCAUUGAUAUCAAGCCAGAAGUAGAAGAGGUCCCAGUGGAACAGCCUGAGGAAUACUUGGACCCAGAAGCUUGCUUCACAGAAGGUUGUGUCCGGCGAUUCAAGUGCUGCACUGUCAACAUCGAAGAAGGCCUGGGCAAGUCUUGGUGGAUCCUGCGGAAAACAUGCUUCCUCAUUGUAGAGCACAAUUGGUUUGAGACCUUCAUCAUCUUCAUGAUUCUGCUCAGCAGUGGCGCCCUGGCCUUCGAGGACAUCUACAUAGAGCAGAGGAGGACCAUCCGGACCGUGCUGGAGUACGCUGACAAAGUCUUCACCUAUAUCUUCAUCCUGGAGAUGCUGCUCAAGUGGACAGCCUAUGGUUUCGUCAAGUUCUUCACCAACGCCUGGUGCUGGCUGGACUUCCUCAUUGUGGCUGUGGUGGUGAAUGCCUUGGUGGGCGCCAUCCCCUCCAUCAUGAAUGUGCUGCUGGUGUGUCUCAUCUUCUGGCUGAUUUUCAGCAUCAUGGGAGUUAACCUCUUUGCGGGAAAGUACCACUACUGCUUUAACGAGACUUCCGAAGAGCGAUUUGAAAUUGAAAUCGUCAACAAUAAAACUGAUUGUGAAAAGCUCAUGGAGGGGAACAAUACAGAAAUCAGAUGGAAGAACGUGAAGAUCAACUUUGACAACGUUGGGGCAGGAUACCUGGCGCUUCUUCAGGUGGCAACCUUCAAAGGCUGGAUGGACAUCAUGUAUGCAGCUGUAGAUUCCCGGAAGCCUGAGGAGCAGCCUAAGUAUGAGGACAACAUCUACAUGUACAUCUACUUUGUCAUCUUCAUCAUCUUCGGCUCCUUCUUCACCCUGAACCUGUUCAUUGGUGUCAUCAUUGAUAACUUCAAUCAACAAAAGAAAAAGUUUGGAGGUCAGGACAUCUUCAUGACGGAAGAACAGAAGAAGUACUACAAUGCCAUGAAAAAGCUGGGCUCGAAGAAACCACAGAAACCCAUCCCCCGCCCCGUGAACAAAAUCCAAGGUAUCGUCUUUGAUUUUGUCACUCAACAAGCCUUUGACAUUGUUAUCAUGAUGCUCAUCUGCCUUAACAUGGUGACGAUGAUGGUGGAGACAGAUACGCAGAGCAAGCAGAUGGAGAACAUCCUCUACUGGAUUAACCUGGUCUUCGUCAUCUUCUUCACCUGUGAGUGUGUGCUCAAAAUGUUCGCCCUGAGGCACUACUACUUCACCAUUGGCUGGAACAUCUUCGACUUCGUGGUCGUCAUCCUCUCCAUUGUGGGAAUGUUCCUGGCUGAUAUAAUUGAGAAAUACUUUGUUUCCCCAACCCUAUUCCGAGUCAUCCGAUUGGCCCGUAUUGGGCGCAUCUUGCGUCUGAUCAAAGGCGCCAAAGGGAUUCGGACCCUGCUCUUUGCCUUAAUGAUGUCCUUGCCUGCUCUGUUCAACAUCGGCCUUCUGCUCUUCCUGGUCAUGUUCAUCUUCUCCAUCUUUGGGAUGUCCAAUUUUGCAUAUGUGAAGCACGAGGCUGGCAUUGACGACAUGUUCAACUUUGAGACAUUUGGCAAUAGCAUGAUCUGCCUGUUCCAGAUCACAACCUCAGCUGGGUGGGAUGGCCUGCUGCUGCCCAUCCUGAACCGCCCCCCUGACUGCAGCCUGGACAAGGAACACCCUGGGAGUGGCUUUAAGGGAGACUGCGGGAACCCCUCAGUGGGCAUCUUCUUCUUUGUAAGCUACAUCAUCAUCUCCUUCCUAAUUGUUGUGAACAUGUACAUUGCCAUCAUCUUGGAGAACUUCAGUGUAGCCACAGAGGAGAGCGCAGACCCUCUGAGUGAGGACGACUUUGAGACCUUCUACGAGAUCUGGGAGAAGUUUGACCCGGAUGCCACCCAGUUCAUCGAGUACUGUAAGCUGGCGGACUUUGCAGACGCCCUGGAGCAUCCUCUCCGAGUGCCCAAGCCCAACACCAUCGAGCUCAUCGCCAUGGACCUGCCCAUGGUCAGCGGGGAUCGCAUCCACUGCUUGGACAUCCUUUUUGCCUUCACCAAGCGGGUCCUGGGAGACAGCGGGGAGUUGGACAUCCUUCGACAGCAGAUGGAGGAGCGGUUCGUGGCGUCCAAUCCUUCCAAAGUGUCUUACGAGCCCAUCACAACCACCCUGCGGCGCAAGCAGGAAGAGGUGUCGGCCGUGGUCCUGCAGCGCGCCUACCGGGGACAUUUAGCAAGGCGGGGCUUCAUUUGCAAAAAGACAGCUUCCAGUAAGCUGGAGAACGGAGGCACACACCCGGAGAAAAAGGAGAGCACCCCGUCUACCGCCUCCCUGCCCUCCUACGACAGUGUGACUAAACCCGAGAAGGAGAAACAGCAGCGGGCAGAGGAAGGGAGACGGGAAAGAGCCAAAAGGCAGAAAGAGGUCAGAGAAUCCAAGUGCUAGAGGGAAGCAGAAGUUGAAUAUUGUACAGAUUUAGAAUUUGCAAGUGAAAGAUUGUUUACACACUUCCUGAAUCAUUAUCAGUGCAGAACAGCUAUGGAGACACUUUACCCUGAAGAUCUAUACCAAACGUAGUCUGCUUACCAUGUAACAUGGUUGCAUCUUGAGCAGUGACCUGCCCAGGGCAAAGGACCCUGCCCCCUGACUCACAGAUUUUUCUAACGCUUGGGCAGGUGGUUACUGCAUGUUCCACAUCAGUCAAUGCAACUUAGGACAAAACUACACAGGACACAAAAACAGAGGAGAGGCUGCCGGGACCAGCAUAUUUCCGUUGCAGCCACAAAUGGAUUUUAUUUUUUUCAUUUUGUUGAUUCUCAGAAGCAGAAAGUACCACUUUAAAAGUUCGUUUGUUCAUGCAAACUGUAUUUGCAUUCCUACAUUAGUCAAGCUAAGCAGCAAAAGAAAACACACACACACACUCACACUCACAGUUAGCCCAUGUCAUUGUCAGUUUCUUUGACAUAAACCGCAUCUUCUCCACACGGGCCGCACGUGGUUUGGAGAUGGGUGGGGGGAAACAACCAGGUUUCUUCAGGCUGAGGAGGACUUGCUCAGGCCGAUCCCAAACAUUGUGCUCGUUCAGUGCGUGGAAAUGAUUUGCAUGAUGGCAUGCCGUGACCAGAAGUCGUGCAUGAGAACCAUACACCACAGGACGCUACUGAUCCUGUCCCCUGCACUGGGCCAGCCUUCGGACAGGACCCAGCCCUGCACCGUUCACUGUAUUUGGGGGAAAAAAAUGGUAAGAGUCCCACACCCACCAUAAUUCUCUAUGAAUUCUUAGAAGCCUUUCAUACACCUGAUAGGGAAACAUAACCAACCAAUUGACCACUUCCAACAAAAACAGACCCAGUCCAACAAGCAGAUGGAUCCGUGUGUGUACAUGUUUAACAGACAUCUCUUACAGCCAUUGUUGCACAUUUUGAAAGAUGAACUGUUUAAUGCUGCUCUGUGUCCCGUACGUGGGGAAAUUUUGAUCUCAAAUGGCUUGUAUUAAUAAUGUCACUGUAAUACCAAAUCCUAGGGCUAAACACAAAAAUCAAAAGUUCGUUUGGAGAACUGACGCUUAUUUGGGAUAGAGGUAAAAAUGCUACUCAAAGUAGCAUGUUAUCUCGAGGGGGUGAUUCGGGGAACGUACAGCACCUUUCGUUGGGGGUUAAGGGGUGCUCACUUCAUUGGGUAUCAUGUCCUUCUGCAUCGAGGCUUCCUCUGGGUGCGGGUUCGCAUGGAGAGGGGUUCAGAGGUUCUGAACAGGCCUCCCUUCUACAGAGGGGCUGUCCCAAGCUCACACACUGCAUGAUUCCUCUCCCCUCCAUCACAUUUUCUACGGAGCAGGGCUUCCCUUACCCACAGAGGUGGGCGAGGGCAGCAGCCCUGGGGCUGCGGCUGUGGUUUCUUUCAUGUAUUGUUAGAAUAACUCAUCACUGGUGGGACCUGAGGUAGCGAUGGAGCCUCCUCUGAACCAAGCCCGCUUGGUUUCUUUCUUGCACUGAUUCUCACAAGAAAGCAGCUUAAUAUUUAUUCUUAAGAUGUUCCAGCUUCCCCCAGCGCAUUCCUUUCCAGCCAGUUUUGCUAUCUGCUUAGCAACCUGCUCAUUGCCAUCGGAGAGCGGCUUCUGGGGCGGGGGGCGGGGGGGGC